ACUCAAAAUGUCACCUGUGCGCUUUGCAACAAUUUUUAUUUCAUACCUAUUUUAUUGCACAUUAUGCGAAGUGAUAACAAAAGAAAUGGUAGACAAGAAUCGUAAUGCCUGUAUGAAAAUAUCGAAAGAUCCUUUUUUCGAUAUAGAUAUAGUGGUAGGCAAACCAUGGAGGAUUUAUUACACUUGGAAUAUAAAGUUGGAUACAAAGUGUUUGGACAUCAUUUUCAGAAAUGCUACGCAAGAGAUAAUUAAGAGAAUAUGGUCGGAUAUGAAUGAGUAUUUGGAGCACCAGCCGUAUUGGGAAGCAGCUACUCUUCAGAUGUCCAUUAGCUCUACGCAACAGGAGCUGCUGCUGUUUGCUGACCAGGGAGCCGCUGGGACAUUUUUGGCUGUACCUAACAUUAUUCGGGAUUCGAAUCCAAAACCAAUGCGCAAAGGAGUUCCACUCCUGAAAAUCCAAAUGAAGUUAGUCCGCGGUGGCAAGUACCUGCUGUUCAUGGACUGCCACAUGGGCGCCGCGUCGUUGGCAGCGCGGCCGGGGCACGAGAUCUAUCGCACGGAGAUCGCAGCUGAAGCAAAAGCUUUGGACCUCGGAGCCGGCUAUCCAGCUUGCAUCAACGAGAAGAACAAUGAUGAGCAGUUCUUCCUUAACUAGAUUCAGUUUUAUUGUACCUAUAGUUGGAUAUUUCAGUAGGUUAAGUAAUAUGUAGAGGUAUAUUAAAUUAAAUGCAAAAGUG